UGCAAAAUCUUUUUCCUCUUACCAAUCACGUUCCUUAAUCACUUCCUCUCUCUUUCUCUCUCCUUCUAAAAUCACUUGUUAAUUACAACUCUAAACUCGUCCCUCUUUUUUCUCUCUGUCUCAAAUUUCUCCCAUAUUUAGUUUCUGGGCUUUGUCCAAAACCUCGAAACAGAGUGUUUAAUAUUGCUAAAAAGAAAAAAAAAAUUGUAAGAAGAUGACAGUUGAGCGAGUAAUCAGUGAAACAAAGGAUCAGUUUCCAAUUGGCAUGAGAGUUUUGGCCGUUGACGACGACCCUACUUGCCUUUUGCUGCUCGACACUCUUCUUCGUCGAUGCCAGUACAAUGUUACCACAACAAGUCAGGCUAUCACAGCAUUAAAGUUGUUGAGAGGAAACAAGAACAAGUUUGACUUGGUUAUCAGCGAUGUCCAUAUGCCCGACAUGGAUGGUUUUAAGUUACUUGAGCUUGUGGGGCUUGAGAUGGACCUGCCUGUCAUAAUGUUGUCUGCAAAUGGUGAUACCAAGCUUGUGAUGAAAGGGAUUACUCAUGGAGCUUGUGAUUACUUGCUGAAACCUGUUCGAAUUGAAGAGCUACAAAAUAUAUGGCAACAUGUAGUCAGGAGAAAGAAAUUUGACCAAAAUGACUGGUAUAAUUCUGGCAGCCAAGACAAGCCUCAUAUGGGUAGUGGUGAGGCUGCAGGUAUAGGAAAAGUUGAUCAGAAUGGGAAGCUCAACAAAAAGCGAAAGGACCAGAAUGAAGAUGAGGAUGAGGAGUGUGAUGAGAAUGGCCAUGAUAAUGAGGAUCCAUCAACCCAAAAGAAACCUCGUGUUGUUUGGUCAGUGGAGCUGCAUCGCAAGUUUGUUGCAGCGGUUAAUCAAUUGGGCAUUGACAAGGCUGUACCUAAAAAGAUCCUAGAAUUGAUGAAUGUUGAAAAGCUUACCCGAGAAAAUGUUGCCAGCCAUCUCCAGAAAUUUAGGCUUUACCUGAAAAGAAUCAGCUAUGUGGCAAACCAGCAAGCUCAUAUGGUGGCAGCCUUGGGCAGUGCAGAUUCUACCUAUUUACGGAUGGGGUCUCUGAAUGGACUUGGGGAUUUCCAUAGAUUGGCUGGAUCUGAUCAGCUUCCCAAUGCAGGCUUUAGAUCUUUCCCACCUAGUGGGGUGCUUGGAAGAUUGAAUACACCUGCUGGACUAGGUAUUCAUGGCCUUCCUUCUCCAGGAAUGAUUCAAUUAAGUCAUGUCCAAAACUCGGGCAAUGCUGGUAAUGAUCAGAGCAAGUUGCAGUCUUUCGUAAUUCCUGGAAACCAUAAUGCUAACAUUCUACUAGGAAUGCCAAUGUCAUUAGAACUUGAUCAACUGCAAAAUAACAAGGGUGUUAGACACAUUGGAGAGCUGCCAACUGCUGAUAAUACAACUGUUUUCCCUGUUUCUGGCAGUUUAAUAGAUGCAAGAGUAGCUGGUUGCUCCAAUAAUCCACUUCUUGGUGUCACAAGUAACUCCUUGAUGUUAGAAGGAAGCUCUCACCAGGCCAUUCUGCAUGCUACUAAUUUGAGAGACAGUGUUUCUACAAUGGUUUUCCAAAAUGGGAAUACUUUAUCUGACUUUAAUUGUAUAGCUCCUGCUUCCAAUCAAUUGCGGGAUUCAAAAUCAAAUUUACAAGGCCAAGCAUCCCUAAUCAGCUGUAAUGCAGGGCCAAUAAUCAGAAGUGAUCCUCAAGAAUGGAAUGCCCCCAGAAAAGAUGCCCCUUACCAAUCAAAUAUUAUGUGUUGUUCUAUAAACUCUUCAAUCCCUGUUAAUGGUGCUAUGGUUCAGUUGGGCCAGUGCUUGGACCAAAAUAACCCAGUUUUCCAUAGAAAUAUGGACCUGGAUUCUAUUGGACCGCCUAAUUUUGUUGAUCCCUUAUCCAUCAAGCAUAAUAAAGGUGAAAGCUCAGCCAUGGAACCAUUAGUUAUUGACAAGGAAGGGUAUCUUAUAGUCCAACAAAGGCCACAGGGAAGUUACAUUCCUGAUAACAUUGGCCCCUUGGGAGAUCUGGCAAGUGCAAUUAUGAAACAGGACCAAGAUAAAGGGAAACCAGCAGAUGGCGAUUUUGGAUGCAAUGCUUAUUCUCUCAGGAAUUGCAUCUGAGAUUAGAAUGUAGCUACAAACAGCAAAAGAAGGAUCUGCGUUGCAAGCGUUGCUCUUCUUGAUAGUUUUGCCUCGUGUAACACUGAUAACAAAUAUAUCUAUUAUCUUGUUUCUGCCUUUAUCAACCUUUUCUCUGUUCUUGUUUUUUCCUGGCGACUUGCAGUUUUUAUUCUGUCAAAAACAUCUUAAGAGCUCAGUUUUUCUCGCUGAUUGAGAUGAUCAACUUCUCCAGCUAAGGCCUGUACGAUAUUUUAUAAUGAAUAAAUAUUAAUUGCUCGGGGCCCAACUAUGCAGUAUGGAAAUUAUAUAAU